ACACCAAGGCUUUCCCAGCCACCCAUCCCAAAUGCCGGCCAUUCUCAGGGACAACGGCCAGCCGAAUUUUCCGCAGCAACCCCCUUUUAACCCCUCUCAUAGCUUUCAUCCGGGGACACAAUCGGUCAUUAUAUCUAACGACAACCAUGGUAUGUUUUCGCAUUCCAUGUCGCGGAUGAACUUUCACCGCGGCCAUGCUCGUAUUAGCAGCGAGUCUGUAUCCAUGACAUGUCCUCGAUGCAAGGAGAAUAUCAAUACGCUUGUUAAGCAGCGCCCGGGCGCACUUCACAUAUUGGCCACUGCCGGCGCCAUGGCACUGGGUUUGGCGUGCAAUGCCCAGGCGUUACUCCCACUGGCAAUGCUGCCUAUGCAGUUAAAGUCUCUGCAUCCGGCUGUUCAUUAUUGCCCAAUAUGCAACUACAAGAUGGGUAAAAAUGUGAGGUUGACCGUGCCAAUGGUGUGAGCAUAUGUGAGGACAAGGACAUAAUGUUUAAGGUGACAGACAAUUCAAAGUAUGUGUAUGUGCGCAAAAAAAACAUGAGCUCCUCAACACAUGUGGACACAAGCCGAGCGCGGUUGGGUGGACUGGCGCAAGCUCCCCAUCCCG